UUCUCUUUUAUAGCAGUGUUUUAAUCAUUACGAGCGAACAUGUCCGGCCGGUGUCUGUGGUUACUGCUCUGUGUGUUUGGGGUCUCUCUUGUAACGUGUGAAAUCGCUUGUCGCAAUGAAGAUGGAGAUCCCGUAGACUGGUUUGUGAUUUACAAGUUACCAGUGCGUCUGAUCAAUCGGACAGGUGGACCAGGAGUGGACUAUUUGUAUCUCGACUCCAAGUCGCAAGGAUGGCAAGUCAGCAAAUUCCUCAUCAACAUGACCCAGAGUGCAGUGGCACAAGUGCUGCAGCAGCUUUAUCAGUCCUAUAACAGAAACGACACCGCGUACAUGUUAUACAAUGAUUCUCCCCCGGGAAUGAACAGCUCUGUCACAAAAAGAGGGCACACCAAGGGAGCUCUGCUUUUUGACAAAUAUCAGGGAUUCUGGCUUGUUCACACGGUACCGCAUUUUCCACCAUUUCCAGAAGAAGGCUUUGGAUACCCUCAUACAGGGAGACGAUACGGUCAGGUAGCCUUGUGCGUGACUUACAAAUAUAACCAGUUUAAACAGAUUGCCGCCCAGUUGCUGUAUUAUAAUCCAAACGUCUACAACUGUUCCAUCCCUGACAUCUAUGAAAAAGAUCUGUGGGGCCUGUACAGAAUUUGUCGAGGAUUGCGCUUCCCUUGGAUAGAGGCUACAAGACUUGCUUUACUGGAAUCGGCACAAGGAGAAUCCUUUCUGAACUUUGCAAAAUCCAAAUUCUUUCAAGACGAUAUCCUCACAGCCUGGAUGGCUCAGAAACUGCAGACGGAUUUAUUAACGGAAACAUGGCAGCCAAAAGGAACGGAGGUCUUAUCGAACUGUACUCUACCCUGGCAUGUAUAUACCAUCAAAAGAAUCAAGUUCCUGAAUUACUCCUUCUACUCCCGCCAUGACCACUCGAAAUGGUGCGUCUCUAGAAGGAACAAAGAUAUGUGGACCUGUAUUGGAGACUUGAACCGAUACCCUGAGCAGAUAUGGAGAAGUGGAGGCUUUGUCUGCACCCAAAACAAGCUAAUUUACACAGCCUUUAGGAAUAUUGUGGCGUACUAUAGUGACUGUGGAUAACCGGUCUGAACUGAACAUCUGAUGAGAACACUGUAGAGUUCAGGAUAUUUUAGAGUAAAGUACAAUUACUUAUCAGCUCUAA